GUUGUGCUGGAAAAAGUGGGCGGUGUAGGGGGCCGUGGCAUAGCUACAAAUAUUUACAUUAGGGUUACCAACAUACUGCAUAACGUUACAGCAUCGAUCCACGUCUCCGGCAUGUGUCCAGCAUGUCGGAACAGGGUUUCCCUUGAGGAUUCACACUACAGUCUUUAUGUACAAUCAUUUUGCCACCACAUAUGUGUGCGGAGUGCGUGUGGGUGACUGUACGUCUGUGCCUGUUUGUCAAGCUACCAGAAUAAACAGACUUGUGGGGUCGAAUUCAGUUCAGGGACGCUGCACGUUCCGAAGUCUAAUGACUGCAUGAACACGAGAGACCUCUUCAAGUACAUCGGAACUGCAGCUCUGCUGAAACUUGUUCAGAGAAGAAUGACGAUACUCUGCCCCGGCUGUCCGCACACCGUCCCUCCAGCAGCUGGCCCGGGCAGCAGACAGGUUCAACCUCAACCUGGACCAAGCCGAGCUACAGGAAUUUCAGAAUGUUAUGAAGGGUACAUUGGAGUCCUACCAGCGGGUGGACCAGCUCGUGCAGCCGCUGCCGCCCGUCAAGUGGCCGCGGACGCCGGGCUGGCGGCCUCAGCCUAAGGAGAACCCGCACAAUGCUUGGUACUGGCGAACAGAGAUCACGGGUGCUCCUUCAGGCAAGCUGCACGGUAAGACCGUGGCCAUCAAAGAUAACGUAGCCGUGGCGGGAGUGCCCAUGAUGAAUGGCAGUAGGGUACUGGAGGGAUACAUUCCUGAGUAUGAUGCUACCAUUGUCACCAGGAUUCUUGAUGCUGGUGGAAUAAUAAAGGGGAAAUCUGUAUGUGAGGAUCUGUGUAUGUCAGGUAGCAGCUUCACAUCAGCCACUGGCCCCGUGCUGAACGCGCACGACAACGCACGGUCGUCUGCUGGCUCCAGUACUGGGAGUGGCACUUUGUUGGCCCUGAAAGAAGUAGACCUCGCGAUAGGAGGAGACCAGGGCGGGUCGAUCCGCCUGCCCGCCGCCUGGUCCGGGGUGGUGGGCCACAAGCCGACCCACGGGCUGGUACCGUACACGGGGUGUGUUCCCAUGGACAUCACUAUCGACCAUAUCGGACCCAUGGCCAGGACUGUGGCAGACACCGCACUUAUGCUGGAGGUCCUUGCUGGGUUUGACGGUGGCCUGGACCCGCGACAGCCGCCAAACCUCACGGUACCGGAGUACACCAGCCAGUUAACCGGAGACCUUAGCGGCAUGAGGGUGGGUCUGCUAAGGGAAGGGUUCGGCCUGGUGACGUCAGAAGCUGACGUGGACGACAUGGUGCGUGAGGCGGCUCACAAGCUGACGUCAGCAGGUGCUACAGUGGACGAAGUGUCCGUCCCGCUCCACUAUCCUGAUGGCACUCACAUUUGGAAUGCAGUGGCAAUUCAAGGAUGCACGCAGAUCAUGGUGGAAAGGGAUGGAGUUGGAGUAGGAUGGAAAGGUUUCUACCCGACGAGUAUGGUGGAUGCUCUCGCGAGAGGAUACAACUCUCGCGCGAACGACAUGUCAGUGACAUUGAAGCUUCUGACUUUGCUCGGCGAAUAUCUUAACAAGAACUAUGGAAACAGAUACUACGCUAAGGGACAGAACCUCGGUCGAGCGCUGACAAAAGCGUACAACGAGGCCCUGGAUACGCACGACGUCCUCAUGAUGCCGACUGUUCCGUACAAACCAGUGAAGCUUCCGGAUGGGGACGCGUCCAUCAGUGAGAUGUGUCACCAGGCUCUUGGUCUGAUCCACAACACCUGUCCGUUCAACGUCACCGGACAUCCGGGUCUCAGCAUCAAUGCAGGGUUCUCACAGGGGCUUCCGGUCGGCAUGAUGAUCGUGGGCCGCCAUUUUGAUGACGCCACCGUGCUGAAAGUGGGGCACGCGUUCGAGAAGAUUCGAGAUUCUAAUUCGUAACUUUUCUUCACACAAUGAUUUUUUCCAAUUUUUGUUCAAAUGACAAAUAUGCCUUAUACCAGGCGCCCUUUGAAAGUAAACUUACUAUCUGUCAAGUAUCUAAAAGUAUCUAAAGGUUUCUGAGGUUAACCCCUCAAACUAUAAUAUUUGCCUAAAAAGUUUGUAGAAACACCUUCAAAGUAAACACCUGUAAUAUGCUGCCCCGUCCCACAAGUCACCAUGAUUGGUCGCUGACUGGACAGAUAACUGUGCAUCUUUGUAAAAAAAAAACGAAUUGUCUGUAACACUGUGAUUCUAUAGCGAUGAGAACCAUUGGACAUUAAAGUUUCUGGUCGCACGACUCACAAUUAACUUCUUACCCGAUGUCUGUAGUUGUCUUCCGAGUAAGCUGGUACGUUUUCUCAGAGCAUGCUUUGAUGUAGUGAUCCCUACCUGAGACAAAGAUGAUGAUAAACAUGGCGAUUAGAGAAAGCUGCAUCUUAUGGGUGGCUCUGACCUUUUAAAGGCAGAUCCCCCCUGCCCAGGUCAUAAGAUUCUGUCUCAUGGGCUGCUGUCUCCCGGGGGCUAAGGAUACCACCAGAGACUGUGGCUAUAGGUUUGCUUGUAGAUUAAGGUAGUGCAAAAUACUAGUAUGUCUGACAGCAGGUACAACUGCUUAAGUUUUCAAAAAUAACUUUUUAACAAGUGUAAUCCAACUUCUGUUGAUAGCAUUGCUGACCCUACGGUCUGUGAGGCUAUAGGACCGGUGAGGUGAGGAGGAAGACAAGUGAUUGGCAAAGUUGAAGCCAACUGUAAUCGAGUGAAAGAUUUAAAACUGAACUGGGUUCAUGGGCGAUAUGAAUUGGGGAUUACAUAAAAUAUCUCAAGACGAUGAUAUGACUGAAGAUUUAUACUAAACA